GUCUGUCUAAUAUGGCAGGUGAUUGGCGGAGGGGACCGGGCUCGGAGCGUUUUGCGUCAUCGCUUUAUUGAAUAGUUUUGACCUAUGAUUAGGGUGGGGCAGACGACGUCCGAACGAGUAAGCCCACAACCAUUGGAGCUGGCCGUCAUCGCCAAGGUCUUGUUCUGAUAUUUAAAGCUUGGGCCACUGCGAAACUUGGAAUUGUAGCACGUUCGCCAGAUCACUAGCUCAUCGCUCAUCACAUUGGUCCCGAGUUUUUGUGCACAGCAGAUCCGAUAAUCUCCCUAAUCCGGGUCCUUUCGCGUCUUCUCAGCAGAAAUCGAGCAAGUACUUAUAUCCAAUCGACGGCCGGCACAUGUCCUCCUCAAUCUUUCCUCACUUGUCCUCAGACUCGUCCUCAACGAACAUGGACUCGUCCAACGGAAGCCAUCUCCUUGUCGUCUCUAACAGACUCCCUAUUACUAUCACCAAGGAUGCUAGUGGCAACUACCACUUCAAGAUGUCCUCGGGCGGCCUCGUGUCUGCACUCUCAGGUUUCAAGAAAUCCCUCAAUUUCACCUGGAUUGGAUGGCCUGGCUUCUUCAUCCCUCCAAAGGAUCGCGCACACGUCGACAAACGUCUCAUGGAAGAGUACUCUUGUCAGGCAGUCUAUCUGGAAGAUGAUAUCGCCGACCGCCAUUACAAUGGCUUCUCGAAUUCCAUCCUCUGGCCGCUCUUCCAUUACCAUCCCGGCGAAAUGAAUUUCGACGAGGAGAACUGGACAGCGUACCGUCAGGCUAACAUGCGCUUUGCCGAGGCCGUGCGGUCGCAUAUCACUCCCGGGGCGAUGGUAUGGGUGCAAGAUUACCACCUCAUGCUCCUCCCUAUGAUGCUGCGCGGUCUCGUUGACGGCUCCUCUGGUGGCGAAUGGCAGAAACGCGAGUUGUCCAAGAUUACGGAAGGGAUCGAAGAACUCUGCUCGCCAAAUACGGAACAAAUACCUGGCGUCAAAAUUGGUUUCUUCCUCCACACCCCUUUCCCAAGUAGUGAAAUUUACAGGAUUUUACCUGUACGCCGCGAGAUAUUACUGGGCAUCCUGUUUUGCGAUCUUAUUGGGUUCCAUACGUAUGAUUACGCCCGCCAUUUCUUGUCUUCUUGCACACGUAUUCUCGGUCUUCCUACAAUGCCCAACGGUGUCGAGUUCGAAGGACGGCUAGCCCAUGUCGGCACGUUUCCUAUUGGUAUCGAACCCGGAUCGUUCAUCGAAAACCUCAAAAAAGACUCCGUCAAGUCUCGCAUAACUCAACUCGAGCAGCGUUUCGCAGGCGUCAAGCUCAUCGUCGGAGUUGACCGUCUCGACUACAUCAAAGGUGUCCCUCAAAAGUUGCACGCUCUCGAGCUAUUUUUAUCCCAGCACCCCGAGUGGAUCGGAAAGGUUGUAUUAGUUCAGCUCGCUGUACCCUCCCGUCAAGACGUCGAGGAAUACCAAAACCUUCGUUCCACAGUGAACGAACUUGUGGGUCGCAUUAAUGGCCGAUUUGGAACUGUGGACUUCAUGCCGAUUCACUUUAUGCACAAGAGUUUACCGUUCGACGAACUUUGCGCCCUGUACGCCGUCAGUGACGUAUGUCUUGUAUCGUCCACCAGGGAUGGCAUGAACCUUGUUUCAUAUGAGUAUAUUGCAUGCCAACAGGCCCGCCAAGGUGUUCUUAUUCUAUCAGAGUUCGCCGGUGCGGCACAGAGCCUAAACGGAUCGAUUGUCGUGAACCCGUGGGACUCACAGCAGGUGGCGGACGCGAUCCAUGAAGCUGUCACGAUGGAUGUCGACUCGAGAGCGGAGAAGCAUCGCAAGCUGUUUAAAUACGUCAACAAGUACUCUGCGGCGUUCUGGGGUUCGAGCUUCAUCCGGGAAAUGAGUAGGAUUAAGGUGAACGAUGCACUCCCGACUGUGAACAAGGAAGAACAACCCUCAGGAAAACUCGUCAACGGAGGGCAGCCGAAAAUAGUCACACCCCCGAUUCCUACCCCAGAAAUUAUCUCGAGUGACGCAGAUAAUGGGGUGGUUACGACGACCGUAAGUGGGGAAGCACCUGCCCCACAGGUGGUAAGCCCUGCAGCAUGAGCUUCGCAGGGGAUUUUGAUUAUUUUUUUUGCACGUAUCGUAUUUCAGGUCCCGGUCCCGUCCUUUAGCGAACUGGUGGCGUUACCCAUUUCCCAUCGUCGUGCUAUACCGGGCCUGUCUAUCCGUUGGCUGUUCUAUAUGGUUAUUCCUUUUUUACGUAGGCACCUCCAGCCUGCUGAUCCGUAGAGCGUGCAGUGUAUAUUUUUCUCCUCUUACCCCAUAUUCUCGUAUAGUGGGUUUCCCUUAGAGCAUAUUGUACAUAGAUGCAAUUCGAGGUUUUACGUGUUCUUGGG